AUGUCUCUCCAGUCCCAAACCAGCUCUCCCAGCUGGAGCGUGUGCUCUGCUCUCUGUUUCCUCAUCGUGUUGCUUCCUGAGGCCAACGCUGGCAUCCUGAACACAACCACUCAGCGCAAUGGUGGGGGAGCGCAGUGUGGGGAGUAUACUAACCAGGUGAUCACAUCCUGAAUACGCAACAAAGUGUUUACUGCUCAGUGUAUCCUCCUAUUUAAUCUUAGGUGUACCAGGCCUGUGUCAGCAUAUUUCAGCUCUGGAGGAAAAAUGGGAAACUCUUUUCAAAUACGUUUACUGUACUGGUGUGAAUCAAGAGAAAUAGAAAAUCAAAUGUUCAAUACAGCAGAAGAAAAUUAGACGAUAAAAAUGGAGCUCUGGUAAAAACAGAGGUCUUACUUUAGAAGAAAGUACAGGAGUGUGAUCAACCAAAUAUUCCUAUAGUAUGUAAUAAUAUGUCUCCACAGGUCUGCAGCACUUCACACACUCUUUGUAAUGUGGUUACCUGCUGUCAUCAAUCUGAACAGCUGCACGAGCAUAUGCUCAGAUCAUAGGUGUUCGCUCAAACACAGCUUUGGCGGUAUUUGAAUUUAAUUUGAUGCCUAGCUGUAUACUAAUGUAUAACUGUAACUGAGCCAUGAAGGAGUUCUAUAAAGUGAAAUGCAUUCAUAAGCGUAGUGGAAGCAGAAAGAUGCUGUGACAGCUUAACCGCUACAGCUGAAAGGGUAGUAGAAUAAAAAAAGCAUCACUUCCUGUCUUCAACUGCAGUGUACUUUACACAGUGAUGCCCACAGUUUUACAAAAUUUUUAUCCACAAAUCUGAGUGGGUAUCUCAUAUUUUUCAGGAUUCCAACUUUUUUUUUUGGCAUAAUAUAGAAACUACUGCUUCAAAGAUAAAUGUGCAUAAGAAAUGAGAAAUUUUUGAAGUGCACUAACUUACCAGAGUGCUUUUUAAUUUCCAACCACUCCAGUGUAUUUACAUGCCUAUAAAUGGGAAACCAUUACAGAAUUGACACCAUUACCAUAACACAUUAUUGAACACAUUAUUUAAGAGAGUGCAAAAAAUGCACCUGAGAGGAUGUUUUUAUACCUUUCAAUUUUUCAUGACUUUUUAAAGAAUGAAUUGUUUGUGCAGUCUGUGAAAUGCCAAUAACAAAGAGGAAUGUGCAGAGUCCAGAAUUAAGUUCUCAAAAGUGUGUGCGAUUUAUGUUUGCCAUUCAUGAAACAGUCUGUCAUGAUGUCACUAUAAAACACAGUUAGUGAUAUGAGUCACAUUUUCUACCUGUUUUUUUUUUUACUUUCUCCAUUCCAACAUGUCUAAAGAUGAGAAAUAAUUACUUAUUAAAAUCAAAAGACAACAGUAGUUUGAAGCCAAAGGAGUCAGUAGAAUAUCCCUGCAAAGAAAUUUAUUUCGAAGGCACAGCUACCACAAAAGAAACACAGAAAAUAAAGUGGCUCCAUUUCCACCACUAAUUGUAGCCAGUCUCCCAAGAUUCCACAGAAGUGUCUGUUUAAAAUUUAAUGUCCAGCCUUAGAGUCUUACAAUUUAAUUGUACCUGCAAUAUUUAUUAACUGACUAAUUGUAUCAGCACUAAUCCAGGUUCAAAAUAAAGAGUUUGACCUGCUAAACUCCUCUUUGUGUGUCAUGUGAGAAGAUGAGGUGAGCUUGUAGCUGCUUUGUAAGGACAUGACACCAAAGGAAAACUUUUCACACGGAGAGAACCAAACUUUGUCUCUUUUUCUGAAAUUUCCUCCAUCCUCACAGGUGAUGGAUGGUGGAAUGUGUCGGCUGGUGGCCACGCUCCCACAGCUGGAUGAGCAGAAGUGCCCGGACAUGUUUCGCUGCACGGAUGAGGUUUCCUACUGGCUGCAUGAGAAUGAGGAGAGGAAACAGCAGAUUGUGACACUAAAGGAGACCAUAUCUGAGCUGCAGGAGGAGCUGAGGAACCAUCGGCACCGCAUCAAAGUCCUGGAGCUGCAGGUGACACUUUACCUAUUGACUUAGCAGACCGGGGUCAACUUUCAGCAACAAUCUUGUCAACUGCUUUGAGGGCUUGCUUUAGGUCUUCCGGAGUUUGAACUGAGCUGAAAUGUGACACAGCUCACUCUUUUGCUCAGUUGGAGAGAUUUUUGGUAUCUGUAGAUUUAAAUAUGAUUUGAAAAGGCUAGAUUUUGAGAAAAUAUUUUUAUUCUGUACAUACUUUCCCCCUCUUAGAGCUUUUUUAGGUCAGAAUAGGUACAGUUUUAUCAAAUGAGUCUUGAUGUUUUUACCCAUGUGUUUUAAUUCAGAAACACAUACCAUUAGAUACACACUGUUCUGCAGUGUAACGUCAUGCCUGGUCAUCAAGCUGGCUUCCCACCAACAUGUCCUUGACCUCAGCUGCUAACUGGAUUAGCCUGCUACUCCACCACGUGUUGCCUCAUGCGUUUCAAGCAGUGAGCCAAUAUACAAACUACACCCAGCUUGACGAAAGGCUGCUGCAAGAAAGGGUUCAUGUGUUGGGUUGUAAAGGGUUUGUGUGUUAAUGGGAGUUAGUGUUAUCCUCCAUGUCCAGGCUAGGAAUAGAGCAUACUCAAGACCGGAGCUUUAAGUUUUAUGAGGGACUGGUCUUUUUGUCCCAAGAGCAUUGUGAGAAGGUGCAGGUUUUCAUUUGAAUGUGUGAAUUGAAAAAAAAACUUGAAAAUCAAGUUUUCAUUUAUGUUUAGCAGCUUUUUGGGUGAAAGAGACAAGAAGAAAAGUACACAGCCCUUAUUCAGGAGAAGUGCCAGGAAAUAACAAAUUGAGGUGUAAUGGUGGGGGAGCUGGAUUGAGCAAAAGAUUUAUAAUGAAAUGUACAACAAAUAAUAUUCCCCAGAGAAAAGGCAAGCAUUGCUGAUUCAGGACAUUGUUGCUGCAAUAAACAAAUGCAGCAAAGAAAGAAUCUGUGGGUGCUUUAGCUAUAAGGAACUACUGCAACACUGAUGGCAUUGAAAGAGAAUGAUUGAACAUUGUUCUACAGCAGAGGCAUGUCGAGAAGGCGGCCAGAGGUGGCAUAGGUCUCUCUAGAAAUCUGGUUAACCACCUUGAACUAUCAUUAGCCCACUUCCUGGUUGAUGUCACACACCAAAAUAAUCAACAAACAAGUUAGCAAGAGGCUAGCAAAUGGCAUAUCAAACAGUGAACAAGCAGAUAGCUUGGUCAUAUUUACGUCCCUUCUUUAUCUGAGGAUUUGUUUACAGCUCAACUUACUUCAAUGCAAGUUUAGGUACAUUUGAGGUGCAUACAUGUGAGAGAAAACCCUAAAUGAGCUACUUCUCUGUGUUCGGCUAACUGAAAAAUUCCACUUUGUGCAAUUUCCUACAGACUGCCGUGCUUGCAUCUGGUUUAAAAAGUAGGGUGACCAUACAUCAUGUCCCCUUUUUGGGGGGCUGUUCAGCCUGUCCAGGGGGAGUUUAUAAAAUCCGUAAAAUGUCUGGGGUUUUGUAUGGAGGUUUUGAGUUUGUGUACUGUAGACGAACUGAUUUAGAAGCGUGUAAAAAAACUUCUAAAUUUUGCGCAAGACUCUGCCCGGUGUAGUAGUGUCCUCUUUGGGGGGAUUCAGAAUAUGGUCACCUAUUAAAAGUCCAGCUUCAGUCAGAAGACAAUAAAUUAAUUUCUAUGACAUCAUUUGAAAGUAAAAACUUUAAAACUCAGAGUUGCAUUUAACUUUCUCUUUUGUUGGUAUUUUAGGGUGCAAAAACAUUUUCAUCCUGAGUCCAUGAGGAUUAAGGUUUAAAAGAUCUAAAUCUAGAUCUAAAUAUUGCCACACUGUUGUAUUACUUGUUCAAGUUAAAAGUCAUACAAAAGAAUAAAACAUCUGUGUCAUAAUUUAAUGUCAGUAACUAAAAUGAAUGCAAUAAAAUACGGUUUGAUAAGAUACGAUAUGAUAAAAUAUGAUAUUAUAAAAUACAGUACGAUAAAAUACAACACAAUACCGUAUGCUACCAUAUGAAUUAGUACGAUUGAUACAAUCCAAUACUUUUGAUUUGUGGACAGAAAUGAAAAAAAAUUAUAUAUUGUGUGCUCAUACUUCCACCCCCCUUCAAGUCAGUGCCCAAGUUACAGUGCAAAACAAUACAAGAACUUUAUUUAACUUUAUUCUAAAUUCACUGGUUAGGUCACAUGUACCAAAAAUGUCAAAACUCUCCUCCACUCUGUGGUACAUUACAUAAUCAUAUCAUGUUAGCUAGCACUUCCCUGCCAUGUGUAACUAUCAUCAGCCUGGCACUCCACACAUGAUAGCAGCAGCUUCAGCUCACUGUGCUCAACUUGUGGCAAUUAAUGCCCCUCUAAUUUCACAUCCUCAUUCCUAAGAUUAGCUCUCCAUGUGUUAUCACCAUCAGCUUUAUUUAUUUUCCUGUAUUUUCUCAUUGAUAAUACAAGUCAAGUGACCCAGUCAGCUAAUUAGCAGAGGUGAAUUGUAUUAAACUGUAACAAAGUAUUACUUGUAGUUACCCAUAGGCUCGUAAUCAUUAGAGCGACAGUCCCAGUCACUGUUUUUAUAUGUCUCUGUGCUCUCCUGAUGUCUUGUGUCAGAGUGAAGAGAAGAACCAUUUGAACAUAUCUUUGGAGCAGCGUUUUCAUGAGCUGGAGAUUCACUAUGUUGAAGCGACAACCUUACUUCAUCUACAGGGUACUCUGAUCAUAGACCUCCAGGUAAAAAAGCCCUGUACAACUUUUAGGGUUAGAGCGCGGUGUUAAAAACAUUUGGUAUUUAAUAGUUUCUCUACUUUUGUUCAGCACCAGCUUCAAAACCUGACACUUGUUGUGGAUAGAGUGAAAAAAAGCCCAGGUUGCAUGAUCAACAUAGUCCGACCCAACUCACUGAUGAACACUCAAGAAGCUCUGCACCCAGGUACCACCUUCAGAUCGACCAAGCGUACACAUCAUGUACAAUAAUUUUCCAGCAGAGGGCGCCAGACUCCCAUUCAUUGCUGUCUUACUUUCCCUUCAAUCAGAGCUUCAGCAUGUGAGGAACUGUCCCAUAGACUGUGCUUCCAUUUACUACAACGGAGUUAGGAGGUCAGGACUUUACACAGUGGUGCCAUCACUUGCCGGCAUGCCUGUGGAGGUCUACUGUGAUAUGGACACAGAGGGUGAGUCACACAGACACACAUGGCGAAAAGGCUGGUUUUCAUUUCAGUGGAUCUUGGCUGGAAUUUCAAAAAUUCACUGAAUGAGUUGGCAAGCUAUCAAUCAAUGGAGUACAAAAAUGGUUACUAUACAGUUGUCCUAUGUUAUCUGUUGGCUAACUGGAUGAAAUAUAAAGCAAUACAAAUUCAUGUGAUAUGGUUAAGUAUGGUAUGGUUGGAAACCAUGUUAAAUGUGAUGAUAUAACUCCAUACAAAAGAACAUGGUAUCAGAGAAAUAAAGGAUGGAUACUAGGGCCUAUGAUGCUUUAUGACUUAGCACUGUAAGAUGGUAAGUGACAUCCUCUGCUAUCCAACCCAUGACUGUUCUCAACCAUCAAGUGUGAUACUUUAAUUUCCCUCAGGUGGUGGCUGGACUGUGAUCCAACGACGCCUUGAUGGCUCAGUAAGCUUUGACCGAAACUGGAGGGACUACAGGGAUGGCUUUGGUGACCUUCAGUCAGAGUUCUGGUUGGGCAACGACCACAUUCAUGACCUGAGCACCCAAGGGGACUACAGCCUUCGCAUUGACCUGGAGGACUGGAGCAACAAGCACAAGCAUGCCAUCUACCAGAGCUUCAGGUCAGUUUCAGGAACACUGUCACGAUCAUGUUGUGUAUCUCUUGAGUGUUUUUAUUCUCUUUUUCUGUGUUUGCAGUGUGGAGGAUGAGGAGCAUCAGUACCGUCUCCAUGUAUCAGGCUACAGUGGGACAGCUCAGGACUCUUUCAGCUGGUACCAUGACAAGCAGGGCUUCAGUACACCUGACAGUGGGAACAUCUGUGCUGAGAUCUCCCAUGGUGGUUGGUGGUACAACCAGUGCUUCUACGCCAACCUCAAUGGUGUCUACUACAGAGUAAGUGCUCUGAGAUGAACCAAUUCCAUUAUGCUUUCCAGUUAUGAGAAUGUUUACUACUUUCUCAUCCUACAGGGUGGCCAUUACACUCCAAGGAACAGGGGUCCUCUGGGUCCUGAUGGGAUAGUUUGGUACUCCUGGAAGGACUCUGAUUAUUACUCCCUUCGCAAGGUCAGCAUGAUGAUCCGGCCACGUAGCUUCCGGAGCCGUUUGUCACCUUGACAUACUUUUAUCGUGACAACAGUGAGGACAUGGGAACAAUACCGGAGACAGAAAUCACACGGCUAUCUCACUGAGACAAUGCAGUGAUGAUGAUACUCUGUGAUCUAUUUAAAAACACAAGUGGUAAAAGUAGACUAAUGGCAAUAACUGCAACUGUGGAGGACAUACUUGAUAUUGUGAACAGCUCUGACUUUUUUUUGCUGAAUAUUUGUGAAACCAAACCCUUUGUACGCUAGAUUUAUUUUUGGGAAACUGGAACAUUUUCUUUCAGCCAUGAGUCUUGUUUAUUUUCUACAACUUUUUUGUACGUUUAGUUUGAUACAUGACAUUUGAUGCACUAUUAGAAACCGGUUAUGUCCCUAAAAUCCUUCAAAAUUUCUAAUUUUAUUUUGUACGCUUAAGAAAAUGAUCUUUUUUUUGUACGUUGUUAUAACUUGAGUGUACAAGAUACAAAAUAUUCUUUGUGGGAUUUAAGGGGCUCUGUAGAAACCCAGCCAAAGGAAAGUGUGUUUGUAUGAUGUGUUGAUGAAAGAGUCACAGUUUCUCAAGCAGAUUUAUGGUUUUUACUGCCUAUUUAUUUCGUGCAAUAUAAGUGGUGUGAUAGCUUAAUGGAUAGCUGAAUUUCAGCCAACUACAUAUUUAAAUAUGUGUUAAAUAUCAUUGAAAUAGAAAGGUUUUACUAACAUUCCCUCAACAAGUCAAGUCAGGAUCCCCUGACCCCUGUCCUGCCCCAGCUCCACUUUCUUAUGCUCAGACUCAGUCAACAUGUUGUUGUUUUUUUUUUUUUUGUGUGCAAAGCAGCAGAAAAUCUGGUGGAUUCAUAAAAUAGUGUUAAGACCUGAACAGACAAUGCACUGCCAACAAAGCAGAGCACUCUCAAGUGCAUAUGUAGGCCUGCUGCUUAAGAUGGUGCAAACCACAUAGCAUAGCUGUGGUAUCAAUUUAAUGCAGAUGUAUAAUCCAAGCCCCCUUUCACUUAAGUUACAAGUCCAUAUAUCAGUA